AACUAACCUAACCUAACCUAAUCCUAAUCUAACCUUAACCCUAACCUAACCUAAAAUCAAAGCUUAAAAGUGUGAGCUUUAAAAUAUUAUUAAUUAAAUGCUAAAAUAGAAUUCAUUAGAAAUGUCUUUGUACGAUGAUUUUGACAAACACCGAACUUCAGAAAAGGUUGCAGGAUGGUCUUCUGGUAUAAAGUUACUUCAAUCACAACUACAAUUAAAGAAGGCUGCCACGACACAGCCAAAACGAGAGCAAUAUAGAAAAAACACUGCGGUAUUAGCACCAGUGAUUGACUUGAAAUCAAAGGCCAACCGUGAUGUCGAUCGAGAAGAUGAUAACCAUAAUAAUCCUUUAUCUACUGGCGGUGUGAGUAGUAUUGGGAUAGGUAGUGAAUAUGAUUGGAACGUGGUGAAUGAAUAUGAUCCCAUGUGGCCAAAUGAGUAUGAAAAAGUUGUGAAAGAAUUACGUGAUAUCAGAGAUAGAGAGCAUGAUCAGGAGACAGAAAUGCGCAAACGUAGAAGAGAUAACACACGGUUCGAAGACACUCAGCAAACAGCUGGUAAUAAUAGCACAAUGAUACCUCCCGAAAGAGAUGAGGAGAGAACACCAUCCUCAAGAGGUGUGGCUGGUGGUGCUGCAAUAGCACCACCACCAUCUCUGCAAGAGUCUUCAGAAUUACCACCUCCUCCUCCACGACAACAGUCCACCAUGGGUUAUGCGACAUCGUCUGUAGCGGCAAAAAUAAUGGCCAAAUAUGGUUUCAAAGAGGGACAAGGUCUAGGUAAGAAGGAGCAAGGUAUGUCGGUGGCGUUACAAGUAGAGAAGACGAGCAAACGCGGUGGAAGAAUAGUUGGUGAAAGAGAACAGUUGAUGCCUCCACCACCGCCUAUUACAACUUCUCCACCGGCGCAAUCACAAGCACCGCUGCAAUCACAACCAUCUUCGGAAGAACCGAGCAUUACCGAGAUAAUGAAGUGUCCAAGCAAGGUUGUACUCUUGCGCAACAUGGUUGGUCCCGGAGAAGUAGAUGAUGAUCUUGAACCAGAAGUGAAAGAUGAAUGCAAUACAAAAUACGGUGAUGUCGCGCGUGUAAUUAUUCACGAAGUAAUCGAAGCCACUCCGGAAGAAGCAGUGCGAAUUUUUGUGGAAUUUAAAAGAAUAGAGAGCGCCAUUAAAGCUGUAGUUGAUUUAAAUGGACGAUUUUUUGCUGGCAGACAAGUCAAAGCAGGAUUCUAUUCUAGUGAAAAACUUGAUAAUUUACAAUUGAUGGACUAAUUUUCUGCACACAUAUGUAAGAAUUUCAGAUUUUAAUUUUAAUGAAUGUUUUAUUUAUUGUUUUUAAGAAUUUGACGCCAUAUCUGUUUUGUAAUUCCAACAACAUAGAAAUGUAUUUUAUAAUUUUACUGCAUAGAAAAUUUUUUAUAUUAUAAAAUAAUACGACUUUAAACGAU